GCAGUCAUACACAACUACAGCAUUUCUUGGCAGUCAUGGUUGAAGAUAGCUGACGACUUUUUCCUCGGUUCUCGACUGAUUCGGACGAAAUGAGUGCAAGGCAAACAACGAAGGCGCUUCUCUGUCCACAGUCGGAUGGCAGAAGAUCAGUUCUAUUCUCUUAACCAUUUCUCAGACUUCUUCUUUCCUGGCUAAAAAGAAAACCCCCCAAAAAAUCAAAAAAAGUAUCAACGAUGGUUCGCGUGUUCAGGUGUUUCGGGUUCAAAUCCCAGGUCGUCCUCCCCGUGGUCGACGAACCGAUAUCUAUAUGCACAUCGAGUGAUUGUGUGUUCAUUGCUACCGUAGCAGGUUCAUUGGAAGUAUUCCGUAUCCAGGUCGGCAAAGGAUGGAAGAAUGUCUGUUCCAUCAACACAGAAGGCUUGGUCCAGCAGUUGGCUUACAGCGAGAAAGAUGAUUAUUUGGCUACUUUAGAAGUGAAACAUUUCCGCCAUGAGAAUCUAACUUUCAUAAAGACUUAUCUCGAUCUGAAAAAAUGGGAAAAUAAAAAGAAUUUUACAAUAAGCUUACGUGUAGCUGAAAAAUACCCCGUUAUUAUUCCUGGUCAACCUGUCUUUGAAGUCCUUGAAAUACCGCAGGAAGAAAAGGCAAAUAGUUUAAGCGUUUGUUCUCAUACAGGUACUCUUGCUGUUGCUUGUCACAAAAAAGUUAACCUUUAUAUGAUCCAAGAAAAAUAUUCUGCUGAAUGUUCACGCUCUUACAAAGACGUUGUUCAUAUUUUAAUUAUAAACUGGGGACAUGUCGUUAGCAAAGUGGUCAUCAAUGAAAGUUUCAUAGCCUUAAUGUCCAACCGCUAUGCUCAUGUUCUCAAGUUAAAUUUUUAUAAUGGCUUUCGAAAAGUGGGCCUUCAUAUGAGUAAUCCAGCUUCACAGGCAACAUUGGAUGCGAACCAACCAAAGGCUUCAAGUUCCUGCUUUGAGUCAACAGAAUUAAUUGCAGGGGAUUUCGAAAAUACUUCCUCACCCCCCUCUUUGUCGUCUAAUGAAUUACUCUUGCCCUCUGACAGCAGUUCUAUUGUGAAUAUCAAAAACGACGAAGCAUAUACCCAAUGGGUUUUCAGCUCAGAUCAACGUGGAAGUAGAAAGAAACGUAGGAGUUUUGGACAAGGAACUCGUAAUAUCGCCGAAAUAGCUAAUGUUGCAAUAACUCCAGACACAAUUUAUCUUCCCAAACUCCAUGGAAAUAGUGGAAUUAAUGGCUCAACCAAAUCGUUGCCUAAAGUUAUGGUUCAAGUCAAAGAUCAAAGCGUUUUUGUAAAUGGAAAAAUUAAAGCUGACACAUUACUUUAUAAGAUUGGUUUACCUGAUAUUUCAUGGAGACACAUGCAGCUGCUAUGUAUAUACUCAGCAUCAGGACAAGGAACACCAAGUCAGUGUGACUCAGAUUUCCCCCUACAAUCCAUUAAAUGUGACCCCAAAAUGGAAAUGUUCUGUUACCUUGGUAAUUCCCACGAAGGUCAGCUUUAUUCUUUGUCUCCACCCGCAGUUCAGAUGCUUUCCUCCUACAAAUAUUCUUCUCCUGCCCUUCAGGCAGUCACUAGUCCGACCAUGUUGUUUGUUGUCACAGACACAGGAGUAGAGACGUACACUUCUCGAGGAGCAGCCUUUUCCCUCUACCGAAGAAACCACUACGAUAAUAUUCAGAAGGCCAUUCCUCCAGUUGACUUGGAACCUUGUCUCUGUGGAAUACAACCAUUUUUUAAUGCUUCUGAAAUCUCUGUAAUAAGUUCUCCCAAAGGCACCAUGAUGGAUUCUUAUGUUAUUCUUUUAUCAAAAGUAACAGAACUGAAUGACACAAUGUGGAGUUUGUAUGCUCUGGAACCAUAUAGUGCAAUGGAUACUUACAAAGAUUUGAUGUGGAUUGUAUUCUCUACGAAAUAUCAAGACAGCGUUCAAGAAGCAUACCUUCAUGUGCUCCAAGAAGCCAACCUGAUUCUGAGGGGUCCAGUCGUAGACUCUGAGAUCGAAUAUUUAGAAGAAUAUCAAAAUUUAUUUGCCGAAUCCUGCCAGAAACUCGGAGAUUUCUAUGCCUGGCACCCUUGUUCAGACUGGAAACUUUGUCUACCAUAUUACAACAUGGCUGGGAUCACUCUAAAAGAUGCUUUACAGAAAGCCUCGAACAUUAAUGAAAAGGAUCAGGGCAUCUCCUUUAAACAUGGGAAAGGGUUUCUCCAUUAUCUAAAAAGGAAGAUUUUUGGAAAUUCUGAACCUUUAAAUCUAAGCACUGACGAAAGCAAUCUGAUAUUGUCCGUGUUCUACAAAUGUUCAGCUCAGGAUGUUUCCAGUAUCAUCUUAUUAUCCAGAUUGAAAAAUUACUCUCCUGAAAAAACUCUUGCCUUGAUGGGUGACAUUAAAAAGCGGGAUUUGAAAUUUGGAAAGAAAUCCAAACUAAGCUACCUGAACAAUUUAGCCUGUGUUGUUUUGUACUUAGACCUCUGUGACUUAGACGCUGCUGAGCUGGAACUCUCGAAUAUACCAAAAACAGACCUUGUACAGAUUUGUGUUGAACAUUCACGACUAAUUCAUGAAAAUAUGGAUAAACUAACUCCAUUUGCUCAGCUGCUGAGAAAGAGUUGUGCAGACAUUUUGUUAGAGAUUUUGGUCUGUUUCCAUGACCAAGGUAACUUACCAUACACUGCUUGCUUACAACUUCUUCAAGGCGAUUAUGAAAUACACCAAAACACACACAUAAAAAUGUUUCUGGAAAUGUUACUUAAAGAUAAGAAGAGAAUGGAUAUUUUCCCAGAAAUCUCAUACCAACUUGUAAAUAUUUAUCUGCAGAGGCUUCUUCAGUGGAGGCCACCAAUAAAACAGUCCAUAACUGGAAGUCCCUCCAGCCAACCUUUGAUUCAGGAGGUUGGUCAUUUUGCUUGUCGCUAUCCUUGGUUAGAUCUUCUUCCACCAUUUCAAGGGAUCAAAUCUUACAGGACUGCCUGUCAUUACUUCCGUUCACCUUCUGCGACCCCUGUUCAGCCUUUCAUUUGUCCUUGCUACUUUUGUAAUGAAGACUUAUUAAAACUUCAGUCUCUUCUCUGUUCUCCAUGUGCGAAAGAGAUUUUAUUUCAAACUGUUGAGAUUGCCAUCCAAUCAAGUGAGACUGCAAACGACGGUACUCCUCAACAGUCGGCCAUCAUUACGUUUCCAUGGCAACUUUCCUUGGAUCUUCUUUGUAAAGCCAGCAUUGAUGUUUGCGAUGCAGUUGAUUCGAUUCUCUCUGAUCAUCCUCAGAUCUUACCUGAUUUUUGUGCCAGCAUGCUUGAUUCUCAUCCUGAACAGUGGAAAUAUUUAAUGGAAAAAUUUCAAACGCUCAUAAGUGAAGAUAGCACAGAACAUAACCGCUAUUACCCCAUAUUCCAAGAUAUGCUUACAGAAAUGGUAAAGAAGCUGAAGACAUCGGAUGUUUUGCAUUUAGUUCCUGCUAAUGGAAGCCUUUCUUAUUUUUUACCAUAUCUUAACCAAUGCUGCAUUAAGGACCAGCUUGUCUCACUUGAAAAAAUUAUUGUAGAAAGGGGCCAAAGUUUGACUUUGUAUGAUUAAAUUCUUUGUUAAAGAAAUUUUGGAGUUUCUCCCAGUUAAAAGAAAGAAAUCUACUAUUCUUCAAGAAAUCUUACUCAUUCAGUCAUGAACAGUUUGUUAAUGAAGACAAGAGCUUCAGUUCUAAUGAAUUUCUAAAACGAACAGAAAAGAGAUUUGAUUCUUUUCUAAUUUUGUUAAAAUAUCAGGGAGUUUUGUUUUAAACAUAAAAUGUUUAAACAUUAAAUGUCAUGGCAGAAUUUGUUUAAAGAGCUGCACUGAUUUGCUUUUUUUAUAUCGGUCUCACAUACACACCAGAAUUUACAAUGGAAUCAAACCAAAACAUGACAACUUAAAUUCCUAAAUAAAUUUCAUGGCCAUUAUUUUUUCUGCCUUGAGGAAAAGAUUAAAGUGUUAGGGUGACUGAUUCCAAGUCUAGCACCUGUAUAUUUUGUGAAUCGACCAUCAACAUCUAAUUAAGAGCAGCAGUUUGUGCAAUAUCUGCCAUAAUGUUAACAUCAACAGAAGUUCUUUGACAGUCUCUCUCUUUAUUUAUAUUUUGUCAUGGGACUUGUUUGAGAAAUUUCUCUGCUACAGAAAACAUUCCACAGUAUUGAUUGUUCAAAGAAGAAAUAAACAAUCGAAGAGAAAAAGUUUGCAUCUUGUCCAUUUGAAUCAACAGAAGAGGCUAGCAACUUACUUCUCUGCUGAUUGACUUUCUUAACACAUCAUCUGCCGAGAGAACGUGCUGUCUCUCAACAUGCUACCACAAACCUAAUACAAUGCAAUUUUAUUUAUUUGUAUGUUGCUCUAUGGACAAACCUCAACAUCAGACAUAAUCUAUUCACUUUAUAAUCACCAUUAAAUUCGAUAGUAAUUGUUAAACAAUGUUUUUAACCAAAUUUGUAAUUGAGAAUAAAUUCACAUAUUUUUUA